AACAGCGCCAUUUCCGGAUUCGGAAGUUGUACUAAAAAGCAUCUGAGUUAAUUUCCAAGUCAUUAUCGACUAAAGAUGGGGUUUGUGUAUGAGAUGUAGAUCUACGCCCUAUUAUCACGUGUUGUUUUGGUCUGCGUGGUCAUGCUUAUGAAAGCAGAUAAGUUUAUAUCAGUGAUUGUUGUUAUAUCAGUGAGUGUCGUUAUAUCGGUGCUGACACAACAAGACGCCAUAAUGUCUUAUUACAGAAACGCGAUUUGGUUUGUGAAAGGUCUGCAGGAAUACACCAGGAGUGGCUAUGAAGCAGCAGCGAAACGUUUUGUAGCUUCAGACCUCGAUGUAGACCUGAGCAGCAGGUCUUUUAUCAUCACAGGCGCCAACAGCGGCAUCGGGAAAGCGACAGCACUGGAAAUAGCUAAACGGGGUGGUACAGUUCACCUUGUGUGUCGGAAUAAAGAUCGUGCGGAUGAGGCGAGGACGCACAUUGUGGAGCAAAGCAAAAACGAGAAGGUCCAUGUGCACAUUGUGGACAUUUCGAGCCCCAAAGCGUUGUGGGAGUUUGCCAGCUCGUUCACUCAGAGGCACAGUGUGGAUGUGCUCAUCAACAAUGCAGGGUGUAUGGUGAAUCAGCGGGAGGUGACCGAGGAUGGCUUGGAGAAAAACUUCGCCACCAACACACUCGGAACGUUCAUCCUGAGCACAGCGCUAUUUCCUGAGCUGAAAAAGUCCCAGGACCCGAGAGUGAUCACUGUGUCGUCAGGCGGGAUGUUGGUUCAGAAACUCAAUGUUGACGAUCUGCAGUUUGAAAAAGGCACGUUUGACGGAACCAUGGCUUACGCACAGAACAAGAGGCAGCAGGUGAUAAUGACAGAACUUUGGGCACAACAGCACAAAGAGAUUCAUUUCUCAUCCAUGCACCCAGGCUGGGCCGACACACCAGCGGUUCAGUCAUCCAUGCCUGAUUUUCAUGCCAAAAUGAAGAACAAAUUACGCACAGAAGCCCAAGGGGCCGACACAGUGGUGUGGUUAGCUGUGGCUGAUGCGGCUGUGAAACAUCCCAGUGGCCUUUUCUUCCAAGACCGAACACCAGUCGCCACACACCUGCCUCUGGCUUUAAGUAGGUCGUCUCUGUCCGAGGAGAACGAGCUCAUGAAAACGUUGGAGCAGCUCGGGGAAAGGUUCAAGCCACGUCUUACUUCAGGGCUGUAAAGAAGAACGCUUAUACGGAACGUGCCUUCACAAAUAUUAAUAAUGUGACAGAUGUAAUGUUUCUCACACACUGAAUAAACAUAAUUCACUUAA